AUGUGUCUUUACAGGCGUCACGCAGCGGAGAAAAUUGAACAACGUCUGACGACAGGAAUUUUACGAGUUAAGUGUCAUCCUCUGCUGACGUUUGGGCUAGAAAUAGAAGUUGUGGAGCGAAGAAAGCGGCAGGACUUUGUUGCUGAAGGCACUUAUGAUCUGCUUCGCAAAUGA